GAUUAGUGUGCGAGUUACCACAAUGGAUGCAGAGUUGGAGUUUGCCAUCCAGCCCAACACAACGGGAAAGCAACUCUUCGACCAGGUAAGAACCUUGCUUGCUCUACUGAAACAUGGCAAAUUACAUGUUCUUGCUGUGCUUUCUUCCAAUGCCAACCAGUGUAAAUUGCAAGCAGGGAAAUGGAAGCCCAGUUGUGGGACAGGAGUGGAGGGUCUAUUUUAAGAGGAACUCUCACUCUCUCACUGUUCUCCUCAUUGAGUCAAGCUGUGCUCUAUGGCGUAGUCUCUAGUCUCUCCUCAGAUGCAGACAGAAUGUUAGUCAUAGAAUCCACUGGCAGCACAAAGGAACUCAAUUUCCAAGACAAUAAAGGCACGCUUUGUCCUGCUAACUUUUCAUUUGCACUUGCUUUCCAAGUGGGCAGAGUAAUUUCCCCUGGUGAACAUGUGCUCGCUCGUUGACAUUACACCAUUAGAAAUAGACUACAUUACCAAAAGUAUGUGGACACCUGCUCGUCGAACACCUCAUUCCAAAAUCAUGGGCAUUAAUAUGGUCCCCUCUUUGCUGGUAUAACAGCCUCCAAUCUUCUGGGAAGGCUUUCCACUAGAUCAAAUCAAAUCAAAUUGUAUUUGUCACAUACACGUGUUUAGCAGAUGUUAUUGCAGGUGUAGCGAAAUGCUUGUGCUUCUAGCGCCGACAGUGCAGUAAUAUCUAACAAGUAAUAUCUAACAAUUUCACAACAUAUACCCAAUACACACAAAUCUAUAAAGGAAGGGAAUUUAAUAAUAUAUACAUAUAUGGAUAAGCAAUGACAGAGCGGCAUGGACUAAGAUACAGUAGAAUAUUAUAGAUUACAGUAUAUACAUAUGAGAUGAGUAGUGCAAGAUAUGUAAACAUUUUUAAAGUGACUAGUGUUCCAUUUCUUAAAGUGGCCAGUGAUUUCAAUAGGCAGCAGCAGCCUCUAAUGUGCUAGUGAUGGCUAUUUAACAGUCUGAUGGCCUUGAGAUAGAAGCUGUUUUUCAUUCUCUCGGUCCCAGCUUUGAUGCACCUGUACUGACCUCGCCUUCUGGAUGAUAGCGGGGUGAACAGGCAGUGGCUCGGGUGGUUGAUGUCCUUGAUGAUCUUUUUGGCCUUCCUGUGACAUUGGGUGCUGUAUGUGUCUUGGAGGGUGGGUAGUUUGUCCCCGGUAAUGCAUUCGGCAGACUGCACCACCCUCUGGAGAGCCCUGCGGUUGCGGGCGGUGCAGUUGCCGUACCAAGUGGUGAUAUAGCCCGAUAGGAUGCUGUCAAUUGUGCAUCUGUAAAAGUUUGUGAGGGUUUUAGGUGCCAAGCCAAAUUUCUUCAGCCUCCUGAGGUUGAAGAGGCUCUGUUGCGCCUUCUUCACCACACUGUCUGUGUGGGUGGACCAUUUCAGUUUGUCAGUGAUGUGUACACCAAGGAACUUGAAGCUUUCCACCUUCUCCACUGCGGGUCCGUCGAUGUGGAUAGGGGGGUGCACCCUCUGCUGUUUCCUGAAGUCCACGAUCAUCUCCUUUGUUUUGUUGACGUUGAGUGAGAGGUUAUUUUCCUGGCACCACAAUCCCAGAGCCCUCACCUCCUCCCUGUAGGUGGUCUCGUCAUUGUUGGUAAUCAAGCCUACUACUGUUGUGUCGUCUGUAAACUUGAGGAUUGAGUUGGAGGCGUGCUUGGCCACGCAGUCAUGGGUGAACAGGGAGUACAGGAGGGGGCUGAGCACGCACCCUUGUGGGGCCCCAGUGUUGAGGAUCAGCGAAGUGGAGAUGUUGUUUCCUACCUUCACCACCUGUGGGCGGCACGUCAGGAAGUCCAGGACCCAGUUGCACAGGGCGGGGUUCAGACCCAGGGCCUCAAGCUUAAUGAUGAGCUUGGAGGGUACUAUGGUGUUGAAUGCUAUAGCUAUAGUGCCAUCCGUUUUGUCACCAAAGCCCCAAAUACUACCCACCAUUGUGACCUGUACGCUCUCGUUGGCUGGCCCUCACUACAUAUUCGUCACCAAACCCACUGGCUCCAGGUCAUCUAUAAAUCACUUCUAGGCAAAUCCCCGCCUUAUCUUAGCUCAUUGGUCACCAUACCAACACCCACCCGUAGUAUGCGUUCCAGCAGGUAUAUCUCACUGGUCAUCCCCAAUGCCAACACCUCCUUUGGCCGCCAUUACUUCCAGUUCUCUGCUGCAAAUGACUGGAACGAACUGCAAAAAUCUCUGAAGCUGGAGACACUUAUCUCCCUCACUAUCUUUUAGCAUCAGUUGUCAGAGCAGCUUACCGAUCACUGCACCUGUACACAGCCCAUCUGUAAUUAGCUCACCCAACUACCUCAUCCCUGUCACGCCCUGGCUCUGGGGACUCUUUAAUGUUGAGCCAGGGUGUUAGUUCCUAUGUUUAGUUGUUCUAUGUGUUUAUUCUAGAUCGUUUAGAUCUAUGUUGGCCAGGGUGGUUCCCAAUCAGAGGCAGCUGUAGCUCGUUGUCUCUGAUUGGGAACCAUACUUAGGCAGCCUGUUUUGCACAGUUGAUUGUGGGAUCUUGUUCUGAUUAGGUUUGUGUUGGUGAACCUUUAGACUUCACGUAUCGUUUUGUUGUUUUUUUGUUGGUGUAAAGUACUCAUUAAAAGAUGUACGCCUAUCACGCUGCGCCUUGGUCUGCCUCUUACAACGAUCGUGACAAUCCCCAUAUUGUUAUUUACAUUGUUAUUUAUUUUGCUCAUUUUCACCCCAGUAUCUCUAGUUGCACAUCAUCUUCUGCACAUCUAUCACUCCAGUGUUAAUACAAAAUUGUAAUUAUUUUGCACGAUGGCCUAUUUAUUGCCUUACCUCCACAACUUACUACAUUUGCACACACUGUUUUUAUCGCACUGCUUUGCUCUAUCUUGGCCAGGUCGCAGUUGUAAAUGCUGGCUUACCUGGUUAAAUAAAGGUGAAAUAAAAGGAACAGCAUUCUUAUAUAGGUAUUCCUCUUCUCCAGAUGGGAUAGGGCAGUGUGAUGGCGAUUGCAUUGUCUGUGGAUCUAUUGGGGCGGUAAGCAAAUUGAAGUGCGUCUAGGGUGACAGGUAAGGUAGAGGUGAUGUGAUCCUUGACUAGUCUCUCAAAGCACUUCAUGAUGACAGAGGUGAGUGCUACGGGAAGAUAGUCAUUUAGUUCAGUUACCUUUGCUUUCUUGGGUACAGGAACAAUGGUGGCCAUCUUGAAGCAUGUGGGAACAGCAGACUGGGAAAGGGAGAGAUUGAAUAUGUCCAUAAACACACCAGCCAGCUGGUCUGCGCAUGCUCCGAGGAUGCGGCUAGGGAUGCCGUCUGGGCUGGCAGCCUUGCGGGUGUUAACAUGCUUAAAUGUCUUACUCACGUCGGCCGCAGUCCUUGGUAGUGGGCCUCGUCGGUGGCACUGUGUUAUCCUCAAAGCGGGCGAAGAAGGUGUUUAGCUUGUCUGGAAGUGAGACGUCGGUGUCGGCGACGUGGCUGGUUUUCCUUUUGUAGUCCGUGAUUGUCUGUAGACCCUGCCACAUACGUUGGAACGUUGCUGCGAGGACUUGCUUCCAUUUGAGCCACAAGAGCAUUAGUGAGGUCAGGCACUGAUGUUGGGCGAUUAGGCCUGGCUCACAGUCGGCGUUCCAAUUCAUCCCAAAGGUAUUCAAUGGGGUUGAGGUCAGGGCUCUGUGCAGGCCAGUCAAGUUCUUCCGCACCGAUCUCGACAAACCAUUUCUGUAUGGACCUCGCUUUGUGCACGGGGGCAUUGUCAUGCUGAAACAGGAAAGGGCCUUCCCCAAAGUGUUGCCACAAAGUUGGAAGCACAGAAUCGUCUAGAAUGUCAUUGUAUGCUUUAGCGUUAAGAUUUCUCUUCACUGGAACUAAGGGGCCUGAACCAUGAAAACAGCCCCAGACCUUUAUUCCUCCUCCACCAAACUUUACAGUUGGCACUAUGCAUUGGGGCAGGUAGCGUUCUCCUGGCAUCCGCCAAACCCAGAUUUGUCCGUCGGACUGCCAGAUGGUGAAGCGUGAUUCAUCACUCCAGAGAAUGCGUUUCCACUGCUCCAGAGUCCAAAGGCGGUGGGCUUUACACCACUCUAGCCGACGCUUGGCAUUGCGCAUGGUGAUCUUAGACUUGUGUGUGGCUGCUCAGCCAUGGUAACCCAUUUCAUGAAGCUCCCGACUAACAGUUCUUGUGCUGACGUUGCUUCCAGAGGCAGUUUGGAACUUGGUAGUGAGUGUUGCAACCGAGGACAGACAAUUUUUACGCGCUUCAGCACUCAGUGGUCCCGUUCUGUAAGCUUGUGUGGCCUACCACUUCGCAGCUGAGCCGUUGUUGCUCCUAGACGUUUCUACUUCACAAUAACAGCACUUACAGUUGACCGGGGCAGCUCUAGCAGGGCAGAAAUUAGACGAACUGACUUGGAAAGGUGGCAUCCUAUGACGGUGCCACGUUGAAAGUCACUGAGCUCUUCAGUAAGGCCAUUCUACUGCCAGUGUUUGUUUAUGGAGAUUGCAUGGCUUUGUGCUCGAUUUUAUAAACCUUGCAGCAACGGGUGUGGCUGAAAUAGCCGAAUCCACUAAUUUGAAGGGGUGUCCACAUACUUUUGUAUAUAUAGUGUACAUCAUGAUUCUAAACUGCCUUAACUGAGGUUUGGUGAUGGUGUGAUGUGCAGGCAGUGGUGGUGUGUUUAAACACUGUCUUCUUAAUGGGAAACACCCCUAACAGCACCUCCCCAAGGCUGUUUACACAGCCAAUGUAAACACAGCAGAUGUGUCUUCUCCAAGGAAUUUAAUGCAUGAGUGGUCGUCAGUCCCUAGCCGUCGUAAGCUUUUCUGCCAUGCCUGUUUGUGUGAGGAGAGGAGAGGUUGUGGUCCCACCAGUUUUACGGUGGCUCUCUCAGACACAAAUAUGUCAUGGCUGUAUGGCAGGCCAGCCUGGCCUCAGAGAAUGUCUCUAUUGUUUUAGCAGAGGGGCCAGACACUCUUUGAAUCACCCCCAAGGCAUCCAUCACCAAUGUUAUUAUGGCUGUCCUGUCAUCCCUAUUUCACUUAAUGCUUAUAAUCACAUUGAUUUUUUGUUUCUAUUACUUUUAUUAUGAUCGAUUUUUAAACGAAGUGUAGACUUUGCUGUCCUGACAUAUCUGUGUCAGGAUGGCCCACAGACCUCUCCCUAUAAGUGGCAGUUGGUGUAGUGGGCAGUCUGGGCAGGGGACUGGAUGACUCCCUCCACAGCCAUUAGAUAAGAGUUUCCACUGUAUUUUUACUCAGGCAAUCAGAUAGAGAGCUGUAUGGGGCAGAAAUGCUGGAGCACAAAGUUUAACGUGUGACUCAAUUCUUAUUUCAAUGUAGUAAACAUUUUGAUAAUACAUAAAAUGGGUGUCUUUCACUAGUUAGCCUAAUGGAUCCAAAUCUUCUGUUUGUUUGUGUGUGUGAGAGAGAGAAAUUAUCUACUGAUAUAACAAAAAAAGAAUACCAAUGUCUAGGGUAGAACAUGAGGAGUUAAGUUAUGUUGAGCAAGUUUAAACUGCUGUUCACCAUGUAGGUCCAAGCAAUUACUCUUAGGAAAUGGCUGGCAACUGCAUUAUCCCUCAGGCCAGCAUUUAUGCAUUUAUAUCCAAUUUUGUGUAUGCAUUUAUAUCCAAUUUUGUGAAUGAGUUCAGUGUGUUUAAAAAUUCAAACAGUUAGCCUACUAUUUUAGCAUUGUCGAUAGUUUUAGCUUUGAAAUGGGUAUUUGAUACAGUAUUAUUUUGAAGCUGAAAAUUAAAUCAAGCAAGGUAUUCAUUGAAAAGAUAUGUAGAAUAUCUAAGUACUAAGCUAAGAUGCUUCUGUAUUCAUAGCUCAGUAGAAGUUAUUUUAUAUACAGUGGGGAGAACAAGUAUUUGAUACACUGCCGAUUUUGCAGGUUUUCCUACUUACAAAGCAUGUAGAGGUCUGUAAUUUUUAUCAUAGGUACACUUCAACUGUGAGAAAUGGAAACUAAAACAAAAAUCCAGAAAAUCACAUUGUAUGAUUUUUAAGUAAUUAAUUUGCAUUUUAUUGCAUGACAUAAGUAUUUGAUCACCUACCAACCAGUAAGAAUUCCGGCUCUCACAGACCUGUUAGUUUUUCUUUAAGAAGCCCUCCUGUUCUCCACUCAUUACCUGUAUUAACUGCACCUGUUUGAACUCGUUACCUGUAUAAAAGACACCUGUCCACACACUCAAUCAAACAGACUCCAACCUCUCCACAAUGGCCAAGACCAGAGAGCUGUGUAAGGACAUCAGGGAUAAAAUUGUAGACCUGCACAAGGCUGGGAUGGGCUACAGGACAAUAGGCAAGCAGCUUGGUGAGAAGGCAACAACUGUUGGCGCAAUUAGUAGAAAAUGGAAGAAGUUCAAGAUGACGGUCAAUCACCCUCGGUCUGGGGCUCCAUGCAAGAUCUCACCUCGUAGGGCAUCAAUGAUCAUGAGGAAGGUGAGGGAUCAGCCCAGAACUACACGGCAGGACCUGGUCAAUGACCUGAAGAGAGCUGGGACAACAGUCUCAAAGAAAACCAUUAGUAACACACUACGCCAUCAUGGAUUAAAAUCCUGCAGCGCACGCAAGGUCCCCCUGCUCAAGCCAGCGCAUGUCCAGGCCCGUCUGAAGUUUGCCAAUGACCACCUGGAUGAUCCAGAGGAGGAAUGGGAGAAGGUCAUGUGGUCUGAUGAGACAAAAAUAUAGCUUUUUGGUCUAAACUCCACUCGCCGUGUUUAGAGGAAGAAGAAGGAUGAGUACAACCCCAAGAACACCAUCCCAACCGUGAAGCAUGGAGGUGGAAACAUCAUUCUUUGGGGAUGCUUUUCUGCAAAGGGGACAGGACGACUGCACCGUAUUGAGGGGAGGAUGGAUGGGGCCAUGUAUCGCGAGAUCUUGGCCAACAACCUCCUUCCCUCAGUAAGAGCAUUGAAGAUGGGUCGUGGCUGGGUCUUCCAGCAUGACAACGACCCGAAACACACAGCCAGGGCAACUAAGGAGUGGCUCCGUAAGAAGCAUCUCAAGGUCCUGGAGUGGCCUAGCCAGUCUCCAGACCUGAACCCAAUAGAACAUCUUUGGAGGGAGCUGAACGUCCGUAUUGCCCAGCGACAGCCCCGAAACCUGAAGGAUCUGGGCCAAAAUCCCUGCUGCAGUGUGUGCAAACCUGGUCAAGACCUACAGGAAACGUAUGAUCUCUGUAAUUGCAAACAAAGGUUUCUGUACCAAAUAUUAAGUUCUGCUUUUCUGAUAUAUCAAAUACUUAUGUCAUGCAAUAAAAUGCAAAUUAAUUACUUUAAAAAAAUACAAUGUGAUUUUCUGGAUUUUUGUUUUAGAUUCCGUCUCACACAGUUGAAGUGUACCUAUGAUAAAAAUUACAGACCUCUACAUGCUUUGUAAGUAGGAAAACCUGCAAAAUCGGCAGUGUAUUAAAUACUUGUUCUCCCCACUGUAACUGUAUAGAAAAAUCUUCAGAUUAUUUUCAAUUAAUGACUCAACCAUCAUGCACUGUUACCUAAGUUAAAACCUGACCUGAAACAAGAAUGUCAUGUAACACUGUUUUCUCAAACAAUUUAACACAGUUAACUCCUGUUAAGAGUUGGAUUAGAUUUUUAAAAAUUGUGUGUCCUAAGGUUGUGAAGACAAUCGGACUGCGGGAGGUGUGGUUCUUCGGUCUGCAGUACCAGGAUACAAAGGGUUUCUCGACAUGGCUCAAGCUCAAUAAGAAGGUGAGCACCUCCAUUUAAACAAGGAUAUAGUGAACAAAUCUUACAUGCCACCUUAAGUAAAAGAGAAACUGCUCCUGGCGCCUCCACUCAUCUUUAUGACCCCUGACCCUAGGUGACAGCCCAGGAUGUAAGGAAGGAGAGCCCACUGCUGUUCAAGUUCCGGGCCAAGUUCUUCCCUGAGGAUGUGUCAGAGGAGCUGAUCCAGGAGGCCACCCAGAGACUUUUCUUCCUGCAGGUAAAGGAGGGGAUCCUCAACGAUGACAUCUACUGCCCCCCGGAGACGGCUGUGCUGCUGGCCUCCUACGCCGUGCAGGCCAAGUACGCCGACUACAACAAGGAUAUUCACUUGCCAGGAUACCUGUCCAGUGAAAAACUGCUCCCUCAGAGGUGAGGCCGCCACCAUCUCUAGAGUCUACAUAACACCUUUUGAUUGCACCUCUGAAUAUUCUCAUGUUUUUAUGGUGUCAUAUAAUGUUGUCUUUGUGUUUUUAGGGUCCUGGACCAGCACAAGCUCAACAAGGAGCAGUGGGAGGAGAGAAUCCAGGUGUGGCAUGAGGAACACAAGGGCAUGCUCAGGUACUGAAUCACACACAAACACACACACAUUACUUACUUACCCCUCCUAGCUCUGUUGUCCCUGGCCUGAGAAACAUCUCUAUUGGUUUCAAUUGAAAGUUGAAUAUCUCUGCACAGUAGGACAUACCACAUCAUGGUGAAAAUUGCUUAAGCUUCUCUCAUAGAGUGAAUAGAUUUGCACUCUGAGAGCUUGAUUAUGUGAAAGCAUAUGCUGUGAUGUUUUGAAGCAUCUUGACCAUCAACUCUUAUUGACAACUAUGGCAGCUACCUAGCUGGUAGUCUUCAAAUAACUUAACUGCUUGUGUUCCUUCUGUGUUUUAUUGUUUUUUUCAUUCACUUUGGUGCAUUUCUUAGAUGUAAGUGGUAUAUUUUCAAAACUCUUGAAGGCCCAGUGCAGUCAAUAAUGUGAUUUUCCUGAUUUCUAUGUAUAUUUCCACACUAUGAGGUUGUGAAAUUGUGAAAAUAAUGAUAAUGCCCUUUUAGUGUAAGAGCUGUUUGAAAAGACCAGCUGAAAUUUCAGCUUGUUUUGGUGGGAUGGAGUUUUGGCCUGCCUGGUGACAUCACCAGGAGGUAAAUUAGUUAAUAGACCAAUAAGAAAGAGUGUUCCAAACCUCUCUGCCAAAAACAGUUAGAUUUCAGUUUUCCCCUCCCCGCUCAGACCACUCCCAGAUUUAUUUAGUUAUUUUUACAAUUUUAAUUGAAAACAAUGUACUUAAUUGUUACCCAGAAAUUAUUUGAUAUUGAGAUAAAAAUGGCUGCAUUGGACCUUUAAGUACAAAAAUCUAAACUAGUGAUGGGAAACCAAGGCUUUCUAAACCCUUUGGGGCUUUCACCAAAUUGUGGUGACAAUUGUUUUAUUACACUGAUCUUUUAACAAAUUAUUGACAUCUGCUGAACAGGAAUAAAUAUGAGCUUUUUAAAAUGUUUAUAUAGACUUCUUUUCCCAUUGCAUCUAUCAAAACUUUGUGCCGCAAUGGAUAGGUGUGAGCGUUGGUAAAUAACAUUUUGUUAGAAUGUGCGGUUUGCGUAGCACAUUCUACUUACCCUUUUUGCCUCCAAGUACACUAUUUUUUCCAAAACUGUGCAUCCGUGGUAUUAUUUACGAUGCUGAAGACAGAAGAUGAUCAUAGGCUACACUAAAUAAAACAAAUUAUUUGAACAACAAUGGGAAGAUAGUCUGGUUUCACAGGAAAUACUUUUUUAACCAUAGCCAUGAUUCGAUCUUGUGCCUAUGCUGGUGUCUUAUCCCAAAUCCCCAUCCCUACCUGCUGAGCUACCGUUUAGGUGCUAUAAACUGAAAAACAUCUAAGUAAAUAAGGUGUCCAGUAGAGGUCGUGUUUGAAAGCAACUUUGCAUCAAAGAAAGCACCAGCACCACGGUGAAAUCAGUGGGAUCUCGCAUUUUGCAACAUACGGAAGAAAAUAAAGCAUGUGAUCAAACGAAGCUUCGGACACCAUUGAUCAUGUGGUAAUGUUACUUUGAAUCUAUCCGUCAUUGGUCUAUGCUUUGAAACGAGCAACCUAGUUUUUUUUUUUUUACAAAAAAAAAACAUUUACAAAAGACGGUGGCUCCAUUGCAUAAUUUAAGAUGUUAAAUAAAAAACUGAACAGCCUAUGCUGUUAGAAAUACAAUGUAGCCAGUGUUUUAAAGAAACAUUUUUUGUUGAAAAUAGUUAUCUAUACAGCGAUUUGCUGUGCCUCCACAAGACAAGAGACUCACCUGUCAGGUGAGAAAUGGAGAAGAAUAUUUAGACUAAGUCUGUAUGUAGUGUCUAGCAGAGGUUGAUGUUUUGAUAACCACAGUGGGAUCUACUGACUGAGGGAUCAAACAAAGCUUUGUACAUAAUUUAUCAAGCGGUAACUGCUUGUCAACAUUGCUUUGGGUUUGAACUCACUUUUACAGUGAGGGAAAAUAGUAUUUGAUCCCCUGCUGAUUCUGUAUGUUUGCCCACUGACAAAGAAAUGAUCAGUCUAUAAUUUUAGUGGUAGGUUUAUUUGAACAGUGAGAGACAGAAUAACAACAAACAAAUCCAGAAAAACGCAUGUCAAAAAUGUUAUAAAUUGAUUUGCAUUUUAAUGAGGGAAAUAAGUAUUUGACCCCCUCUCAAUCAGAAAGAUUUCUGGCUCCCAGGUGUCUUUUAUACAGGUAACGAGCUGAGAUUAGGAGCACACUCUUAAAGGGAGUGCUCCUAAUCUCAGCUUGUUACCUGUAUAAAAGACACCUGUCCACAGAAGCAAUCAAUCAAUCAGAUUCCAAACUCUCAACCAUGGCCAAGACCAAAGAGCUCUCCAAUGAUGUCAGGGACAAGAUUGUAGACCUACACAAGGCUGGAAUGUGCUACAAGACCAUUAUUCGCAAAUGGAAGAAACACAAAAUAACUGUCAAUCUCCCUCUGCCUGGGGCUGCAUGCAAGAUCUCACCUCGUGGAGUUGCAAUGAUCAUGAGAACGGUGAGGAAUCAGCCCAGAACUACACGGGAGGAUCUUGUCAAUGAUCUCAAGGCAGCUGGGAUCAUAGUCACCAAGAAAACAAUUGGUAACACAAUACGCCGUGAAGGACUGAAAUCCUGCAGCGCCCGCAAGGUCCCCCUGCUCAAGAAAGCACAUAUACAGGCCCGUCUGAAGUUUGCCAAUGAACAUCUGAAUGAUUCAGAGGAGAACUGGGUGAGGUCAGAUGAGACCAAAAUGGAGCUCUUUGGCAUCAACUCAACUCGCCGUGUUUGGAGGAGGAGGAAUGCUGCCUAUGACCCCAAGAACACCAUCCCCACCGUCAAACAUGGAGGUGGAAACAUUAUGCUUUGGGGGUGUUUUUCUGCUAAGGGGACAGGACAACUUCACCGCAUCAAAGGGACGAUGGACAGGGCCAUGUACCGUCAAAUCUUGGGUGAGAACCUCCUUCCCUCAGCCAGGGCAUUGAAAAUGGGUCGUGGAUGGGUAUUCCAGCAUGACAAUGACCCAAAACACACUGCCAAGGCAACAAAGGAGUGGCUCAAGAAGAGGCACAUUAAGGUCUGGAGUGGCCUAGCCAGUCUCCAGACCUUAAUCCCAUAGAAAAUCUGUGGAGGGAGCUGAAGGUUCGAGUCAGGCUCGAAACCUUAAUGACUUGGAGAAGAUCUGCAAAGAGGAGUGGGACAAAAUCCCUCCUGAGAUGUGUGCAAACCUGGUUGCCAACUACAAGAAACAUCUGACCUCUGUGAUUGCCAACAAGGAUUUUGCCACCAAGUACUAAGUCAUGUUUUGCAGAGGGGUCAAAUACUUAUUUCCUUCAUUAAAAUGCAAAUCAAUUUAUAACACUUCUGACAUGCGUUUUUCUGGAUUGUUUUGUUGUUAUUCUGUCUCUCACUGUUCAAAUAAACCUACCAUUAAAAUUAUAGACUGGUCAUGUCAGUGGGCAAACGUACAAAAUCAGCAGGUGAUCAAAUACUUUUUCCCCCUCACUGUACAUAUUAACAAAAACACUUUGAAUCCAAAAUGUUAUAAUUACCAAUGAAUACCAGAGCUGUUUCAUUUCCAAUCACUGUUUGAAAAAAAUAAAAAAUAAUCUAAAAACAAGCUCUCUCAAGGUUUGAUACUAGUGUGCUACAAUUUCAGCAUAGAUUCCUCUGCCGUGUGGCUCUACGCCCUGAGCUAUCUUUCCACCUCCUAAGAAGGUGAAAUAUCUCGAUAAAAACAAAAGCUUCCAGCAGAGGUCGGUGCUCUCAGUUCCGACACCUGUCAGAUGCUUAGAACGCCAUCAUCACGUGGUAUUGUUACUUUGAAACAAGCAUCGCCACAUUGUGUCGAAUCAGUAGUCCGUUGAAAACUGCAUUGGCGCGUCGAAGCUCUGGUAUCAAUCGUCCAAUCACUACUCUAAACUGAUAACACUUGUAAUGCCCCCUAUGUUAUGUUCAGAACAUUUCAUUGUGUAUUCAUUGGGGUUUAACACAUCUUUCACCCCUGAGUCAUUCAUGCAAAAUCUAGGUAUUUCGUGAUUUUUUUAGUGAAAUAACAUGAGAACAUUUUACCAUAACUUGACAUGCACAUUUAUUUGUUUGCAAAAUAAUUUGUAUCCAAUGGCAGGUUGUGAGCAUGUUGAGCAAUACAGUUUCAUGAUCCUACUAGGGGUAUUGUUAAGCAGUUGGCUAUGGUAAAAACAGAAGGAGUUUGGAUGGGUGAUGAGCUUUCUAAACCUCUCAUCCAUAUAGAAAUUAAAGAUUAAAUGAAAGUAUUCAGACCCCUUGACUUUUUCCAAAUUUUAUUAGGUUACAGCCUUAUUCUAAUUGUUUUUUUCGUCCUCUUCAAUCUACACACAAUACCCCAUAAUGACAAAACAAAAAUAGUUAUUUAGAAAUUUUUGCUAAUUUAUUUAAAAUAAAAAACGGAAAUAUCAGAUUUACAGAAGUAUUCAGACCCUUUACUCAGUACUUUGAAGCACCUUUGGCAGCGAUUACAGCCUCGAGUCUUCUUGAGUAUGACGCUACAAGCUUGGCACACCUGUAUUUGGGGAGUUUCUCCCAUUCUUCACUGCAGAUCUUCUCAAUCUCUGUCAGGUUGGAUGGGGAGCGUUGCUGCACAGCUAUUUCCAGGUCUCUCCAGAGAUGUUCGAUCGGGUUCAUGUCCGGGCUCUGGCUGGGCCACUCAAGGACAUUCAGAGACUUGUCCCGAAGCCACUCAUGCGCUGUCUUGGCUGUGUGCUUAGGGUCGUUGUCCUGUUGGAAGGUGAACCUUCGCCGCAGUCUGAGGUCCUGAGCACUCUGGAGCAGGUUUUCAUCAAGGACCGUUCAUCUUUUCCUCGAUCCAGACUAGACUUCCAGUCCCUGCUGCUGAAAAACGUCCCCACAGCAUGAUGCUGCCACGCCAUGCUUUACCGUAGGGAUGGUGCCAGGUUUCCUCCAGACGUGACGCUUGGCAUUCAGGCCAAAGAGUUCAAUCUUGGUUUGAUCAGACCAGAGAACCUUGUUUCUCAUGGUCUGAAAGUCUUUAGGUGCCUUUUGGCAAACUCCAAGCGGGCUGUUAUGUGCCUUUUACUGAGGAGUGGCUUCCGUUUGGCCACUCUACCAUAAAAGCUUAAUUGGUGGAGUGCUGCAGAGAUGGUUGUCCUUCUGGAAGGGUCUCCCAUCUCCAUAGAGGAACUCUGGAGCUCUGUCCGAGUGACCAUCGGGUUCUUGGUGUCACGCUCGUUGAAUGACGGGUCAGACCAAGGCGCAGCGUGAUAUGCGUACAUGUUUAUUAAAGUAUUAAACAACACGACAAAACAACAAAGGAAACGAAACGUGAAGUCCAAGGUAGAACACACAACAUACCUCACACGGAACAAGAUCCCCACAACAAGACAGUGCCAAUAGGCUGCCUAAGUAUUGUCCCCAAUCAGAGACAACGAGCGACAGCUGCCUCUGAUUGGGACCCACACCGGCCAACAUAGAACUAGACAUACUAGAUCCUAUACAUAGAAAAGGCACAACAAGAAAUAUACACACCCUGACUCAACAUAUAUGCGUCCCCUGAGUCAGGGCGUGACAGUACCCCCCCCCCCCCCCAAAGGUGCGGACUCCGACCGCACAACAUAAACAUAACAGGGUAGGGGCCAGGUGGGCAUUCCGCCUCGGAGGCGGAUCCGGCUCAAGGCGUGACGACCUCUCACUCUCCGCCUCCCUGUUGCGCCCCUGGUCUGGUCUAGACCUCGGCGCGUUGCUUCCCCACUCGGACUGGCGACGUGCACCACUGGCUUGGUGCGAGGGGCAGGAACGGGCCGGGCCGGACUGGCGACGCGCACCACUGGCUUGGUGCGAGGGGCAGGAACGGGCCGGGCCGGACUGGCGACGCGCACCACUGGCUUGGUGCGAGGGGCAGGAACGGGCCGGGCCGGACUGGCGACGCGCACCACUGGCUUGGUGCGAGGAGCAAGAACGGGCCGGGCCGGACUGGCGACAUGCACCACUUGCUUGGUGCGAGGAGCAGGAACAGGCCGGGCCGGAUUGGCGACGCGCACCACUGGCUUGGUGCGAGGAGCAGGACUGGGUUCCUUUAUUAACCCCCGCUCCUUCUGCUGCCUAACCAGCUCCUCUCGCCGUGCCUCUACUCUUUUCUUCUCCCUUUUAGCCUCCUUUAGCGCCUCCCUCUGACCGAAUAACUCCUGCUCCCUCUGAACCAAUAGCCCCCGUAACAUGGUGGCCUCCUCUCCUAACCUGCAGAUCCGCCCUUUAACGGCCUCCUGCUGCCUCGUCGUCCACACCGUGUGCCCCCCACCAACAUUUUCUUGGGGUUGCCUCUCGGGUCUCCAUCGUCGGCACUGUUGGCGCCGUUUCUCCUCUCCUACCUGGGCAUCCUCCUUCAUCGCCCUCCGAUAACGGACGGCCUCCUCCUCCGUAAUUCUCCCCCAACCGAGGAGGACAUCUACUAACGUAACCUCCUGUUGAGUCCCAGGCGUUUGCUCCUUCUCGGCACGCUGCUUGGUCCUUGUUUGGUGGGAUCUUCUGUCACGCUCGUUGAUUGACGGGUCAGACCAAGGCGCAGUGUGAUAUGCGUACAUGUUUAUUAAAGUAAUAAACAACACGACAAAACAACAUUUAAGAAUGAUGGAGGCCACUGUGUUCUUGGGGACAUUCAAUGCUGCACACAUUUUUUGGUACCCUUCCCCAGAUCUGUGCCUCGAGACAAUCCUGUCACGGAACUCUACGGAUAAUUCCUUCGACCUCAUGGCUUGGUUUUUGCUCUGACAUGCACUAUCAACUGUGGGACCUUAUAUAGACAGGUGUGUGCCUUUCCAAAUCAUUUCCAAUCAAUUGAAUUUACCACAGGUGGACUCAAAUCAAGUUGUAGAAACAUCUCAAGGAUGAUCAAUGGAAACAGGAUUCACCUGAGCUCCAUUUCGAGUCUCAUAGCAAAGGGUCUGAAUACCUAUGUAAAUUAGGUAUUUCUUUUUUAAAAUAUAUAUCUAUAUAUAAAUCUGCACUACAUUUCUAAAAACAUGUUUUUGCUUUGUCAUUAUGGGGUAUUGUGUGUAGAUUGAUGAGGAUUUUUUAAAAUUUAAUCCAUUUUAGAAUAAGGCUGUAACGUAACAAAAUGUGGAAAAAGUCAAGGGGUCUGAAUACUUUCCGAAGGCACUAUACUUCCAUUCAUUUUUUAAAAACCGGUACCGUUUACCUUCAGACGAGUCCCGUGACAAUUGAUGAUGUAGUAUUUACAGCCACGUCCAUAUAUUAUUUGGUUUUACCUUCCAACAUAAAUUGAUGUCAAAUUGAUACAUUUAUUUUACAGUGUUUAGCAGUUAUCAAACUAUAUACAUGUAUGUAAACUAGGCCCUACAUAAUUUUGGUUCAGUAGUUAUCAGUUUUGAACUGUUUGAUUAAGGGAUAGUUAAAUGUAUUGUUAUCUAAAGUAAUGUGAAUAUUACAUUUUGAAAAGCAGAUACCUAGAUGUAAUAUGUAUGCAAAUUGGAAGAGUGAUUUGGUGCAGUGAACAAAUUACUUUGUGACUUAGUUUUUUUGUACUCAGUCAAUUGAAAAUGUACUCAGAAUUUUUGAAACAUCUGUUUUGAUUUUUGUGCUUACAGUUGUGAAAAUGUACCAUAUACUUGUGAACAUUGCACCAAAGUGAUUGGAAAAAAAACAGAAGGAUUUAAUGUAAUUUGUAAUACUUGCACAGAGAGGAUUCAAUGAUGGAGUACUUGAAGAUCGCUCAGGACCUGGAGAUGUACGGUGUCAACUACUUCAGCAUCAAGAACAAGAAAGGAUCAGAGCUGUGGUUAGGAGUAGACGCCCUGGGACUCAACAUUUACGAACAGAAUGAUAAGUGAGUGACUCAUGUCGAAAUAUACACCACAGGGGUACUCACACAUAUGGGACUGAAAUGUGUUAAACAUAUGCUGUACAAACACAGGUCCAAUGGUUGUUUUCUGAUUGUGACUAAGUGCAAAAGAGUGCAAAUAUCACUGUGUUGAUAUCUUAUUUUUGCCUCAACAGGAUGACACCUAAAAUUGGAUUCCCAUGGAGUGAAAUCAGGAAUAUUUCCUUCAACGACAAGAAGUUUGUCAUCAAACCCAUUGACAAGAAAGCUCCAGUAUGUAACCACCAAUGCCCUCUCUGUACUUAUCCAUAAUUUAUAAGGUUAUACAGUAUUAUACAGUAUCUCCUAGGGAGAAAAAUAAUUGUUGUUGCCAUAAUUAUUUUUUGAGAGAUUGCUGGUAUAGACUGGUCUCAUAGACUAGACAUAACAUAGUAAAUGUAGAUCUGGGACACUGAAAUUAGUAUGAUAUGUCACAUAUGGUAUGGUUACAUAAGAUAGAAGGUUACUUGAGGCAAAAAUGAAUGUUUAGCAACUCAAAGGUUGCAUGUUCGAAUCUCAUCACAGACAACUUUAGCAUUUUAGCUAAUUAGCAACUUUGCAACUACUUAGCUACUACUUUUUGGCUACUUUACAACUACUUAGCAUGUUAGCUAACCAUUCCCCUAACCUUAACCCUUUUAGCUAAACCUUCCCUAACCCUAACCUUAACCCUUUUAGCUAACCCUUCCCCUAACCUUAACCUAACUCCUACCCCUAACCCCUAGACCUAGCUAAUGUUAGUGUUAGCCACCUAGCCACCUAGCUAACAUUGGCCACAACAAAUUGGAAUUCUUAACAUAUCAUACGUUUUGCAAAUUUGUAACAUAUUGUACGUUUUGGAAAUUCAUAUUAUAAAAAAUGGAUGAUGGACAUCCACAAUUUAAUACAUACCAUACGAAACUUAACAUUUCAUACUAAAUGGAGAUUUAUGUAUAAAAUAAUACGAAAUGCUCUGAGACCAUGUUGGGUAGUCACACAUGCUUUCUCUCCUAGGACUUUGUAUUCUAUGCUCCACGACUGCGUAUCAAUAAGCGCAUCCUGGCACUUUGCAUGGGCAACCAUGAGCUGUAUAUGCGUCGCCGCAAACCAGACACUAUCGAGGUACAGCAGAUGAAGGCCCAGGCCAGAGAGGAGAAGAACCACAAGAAGAUGGAGAGGUCAGUGUCACCACCACCACACUCAAGCUACUGCUAACAUGAGUCUAUUUCAAGACAUCAGACCUACUCCUGCCUCUGUAUUUGUAUCGUCCUUGUACAGGCCCAACAGCAAUGCUCAAAAAUAAAUCUGAACAUGAAGGGCAUUUAAUAAUUUCUAACAUUAACAUCACAGCAGACUGUUGUGGGUGUCAACUGGUGGCCACUGGCCAGACAUGAGGGUCUUUGUUAUGAGUGGAUUUUUCUUAAUAAAUUCCCUCUAACUUCAGUAGCCAUCAGAACAAUGACAGAUCUAUUUAGCUAAUGUUUAGGUUGGCCUAUUGUCUGAUAAAGGCUUGACAAUGUUAGGAAGUUGUCCAUGUUCCCUCCCUUCUAUCUCCCUGUUUACUCUACGGCCUCUGUCAACCAGGGCACUGCUGGAGAACGAAAAGAAGAAGAGGGAACUUGCUGAAAAAGAAAAGGAAAAGAUUGAAAAGGAAAAGGAGGAGCUUAUGGAGAGACUGAAACAGAUUGAGGAACAGACGAAAAAAGCUCAGCAAGGUUGGAAACCCCUAUUUCUGUAGUAUGAAUAAACAAGAGAAAACCGAUCUAUUAUCUUUACUCUUAGAGCUGGGAGUCUUAGAAGUGUGGUUGUUCAUUGCAUAUUAUUGAUUGUUGUCUAAAUACACAUAAGUUGUGUGUGUUCACCCCAUACAAUGUAAAGCACUGUCAGACCUAAUUUAACCUUUAUUUAUGCAACUUAGUCUUGUUGAGGUAAAAUAGGUUUUGCAAGAGAGAUUAAUGAAAGCCCUAGCUACAAUACAAGUAAUCCAUUCUGUCUAUUAUCAUAAUUCCUGUGUGUGCAGAGUUGGAGGAGCAGACACGGAGGGCCCUGGAGUUGGAGCAGGAGAGGAAGCGUGCUCAGGAGGAGGCGGAGCGUCUGGAGAAGGAGCGCAGGAUGGCUGAGGAGGCCAAGACCGCCCUGCUCCAGCAGUCUGAGAACCAGAUGAAGAACCAGGAACACUUGGUGAGUUACACACACACAUUACACACAUUAAUGAACAGCACAUGCAGCAUUAGCAUGUAGUAUUGUGCUACAGAGUGAUGAGCUACUGAGUAAAGUGAUGCUUGUUAAUUACUGUUGUUCAUUUAUUGGAAUAUAACACAUCAAUUAUUAUUUUCAUUGUACAGAAACAUGUAUUAUCAUGAUAGUUAAUAUUCAAAUUCUAUAAAUGUAUGAAAAUCAUUGUUUAACUUUGUAAGUUUUCUAACUGUGGUAGUCUUCACAUGGUUUGGAAAUGAAAAUAAGCAAACAUCUGUUGAACCUUUCAAAUCCAAAUUCAUGGCAAGAAAGUGAAAAUAAAAAUAUGUUUCCACAGGCCACGGAACUGGCUGAGCUGACCUCAAAGAUCUCCCUACUGGAGGACGCCAAGCAGAGGAAGGAGGAUGAGGCAACGCAGUGGCAACAGAAGGUGUGGUCUCAGCUACUGCUCUCUUCAUUUACUCUGACCUCCACCACCUUCUCAAAUGGAUUAGUCCCAUGUGUAAUUAAACUAUAGUCAAUGUUACAGUAAUUCAUCCAUUAGAAAAAAAUAGGAUGAACCAUAGCCUAACAUUAAAGCUUAGCCCUGAUUUGCUUUUUCUGAAGUUAUAGCAGUUGGGCACUGUUUGUUUUAAGAGGCCAUACUUAGACUCCCUCUGGUGCAGGGCAUUGCUCCAUAGGAAGGGCCCCUCCUCUCCCCCAUGUGGGCAUGGUGACUCAUGCUGUGGGCCUGGCUGUAAGGGGAGGUUUCUCUGUCUACACUAGGGAAAUCCUGUUUGCCUGGGAUGAUCUUUUUCACCCCAUUGUGAUAUUUUCCCUAUUUUAGCAUUUGAAAGAAUGCAAAUCUAAAUGGCAGGACCCAAAUGUCCUGUGAUUGUGCUGUCUAGAACAAACCCCCCAUUUUCAUGCGAUGGAUUUAUGAGCUUAGACUGUCACUGAUUGGUGCACCUGUCACCCAGGAAAUGAAUGUAUAUUUUGGGUCCAUUAGGACUGUAGAAUCUUACGGACGUCAUAUUUCUUCUGCCAGGGGGCAACAGAAUCAGACAGGUGAAAGAUUGGCUAAUACUGUGCUGUGGUGACACAAAAUUCCUUCUCCUGAAUCAGUUCAUACUGCCUGAGGGCACACACUUAGUGUGUUGUGAAUUCUGUAAUGAAUGUAUUGUAAUGUUUUUAAAAUUGUAUAUCUGCCUUAAUUUUGCCGGACCCCAGGAAGAGUAGCUGCUGCCUUAGCAGCAAAUCAAAUCAAAUCACCUUUUAUUUGCCACAUGCGCCGAAUACAACAGGUGUAGACAUUACAGUGAAAUGCUUCCUUACAAGCCCUUAACCAACAAUGCCGUUUUUUAAAGAAAAAGUAAAAUAAAUGGGGAUCCAUAAUAAAGCUAGCUGGGGAUCCAUAAUAAAUACAAAUACCAUGAGUCAUUAACAUUAGUGGCUAUUCCCCUUAGGCCUGCAUGGUGCAGGAGGACCUGGAGAAGACCAAAGAGGAGCUGAACAGCAAAAUCAUGGCGUCCCACAUACAGGAGCCUAUGCAGGCCGAGAAUGAGCAUGACGAAAACGACGAGAGCAGCGACCAGGCCAGCGCCGAGUUCACGGGCGGCAUCUCCUACAAAGACCGCAGCGAGGAGGAGCGCAUGACCGAAGCCGAUAAGAAUGAGCGCGUGCAGCAACACCUGCUGGUGAGUGACUGACUGUGGCUGCUGUCCACAUCAAACACCUCCAGCACUAGAGAAACAGCUGUUUAUAGGGGUUGCAUCACUGUUUAUGAUAUUGUGGAGAUUACAAGAAUGGGGCCUAUAAACAUGUCCUGUUAUGCCUGUGUUGUUGUGUGAGCCGUAGUGGGACUUGGCAGUAAUGUUAUGUUUCCUCUACCAGGCUUUGAGCUCGGAGUUGGCAAUCGCUCGGGAUGAGACCAAGAAAACCGCAAAUGACAUCAUCCAUGCAGAUAACGUGAAAGCAGGACGGGACAAGUACAAGACCCUCCGGCAGAUUCGGUCGGGCAACACCAAGCAGCGUAUAGACGAGUUUGAGUGUAUGUGAUGUAUCUUGUUUGCAACUGCUAUAGCCCCCCACAGCGGUGCCAUACUUGGUCCAUUCAUUCUAGACUGCAGAUCUGCCUUACACAAGCUACAGUGCCUUUUACCCAAACAAGACCAUAAUACAUAUCAAAGAGCAAAAACAAAGUACAGCAAAAUGUAUAUGAAUAAUGGUGCACAAAUCACAUUACAAGUGAUGUAAUUCAGAAUUAUGAAAUAAGUGGAUGCAUCAGGGACAUAUUUUAUAGAAGAACGGUUUAAAGUGAAUAAAAUUUGAUAAUACAUUUUUCCAGCCUUUUAAUUUUGGUUAUAGAUGGAGGAAGGUGUUUUUAUUGAUUAUAAUUUACAAGUUAUUUUUAAGUGAUUCAUCCCUCACACUGUUUUAAACUAAAAAUGAACAAAACAACUCAAUUCAGGACAGCUGCAAUUUUAGUUACGUUAUGGUUGGCCACAUUUUAGGUGUCAUUGUUUCAGAGUAGGUUUGUUUGUUUUUGAAGUGGACCGUUUACUGUAAUUAUUUUCCACAAAUGAAGAGAAAACAUCAAACUGUAAUUAGAUUUUUGUUUUUUAUUCUAUUCUAAUUUUAGGCAUUUAGAGAGAUUGUUGUCUUUCUAUAGUACAGUAUUACUUUUACAUAAUAUUUUAUUAAGUCCAUAUGAAAUAAGCGCUGGAAUAUCACAUUUUCCUUUUUCAGAGAGACACAUACCUCUGAAUGACUCUUUAUAGACCAAGUGUAUCUGCUAUGACAUAUAGCCAUGCACACUAGUAGCUACCAUGAUUAGGAGUUUCUUUUUGCAUAUCAAUCUUUUGCUAAAUCUUUUAUUAUAUGGCAUUUGAAGCAAUAUGAUUCUAAGGCCUGCCUUGAAGGAUUUAUUUUGUAAUUUGGAUUUUUCAAUAAAACAAGUUAUGAUGUGUAAAAAGAUGGAUGUCUUAUGAAAUGUUAAGUUGUCCGCAUGCUUCCCGUCCGAAACAGUUUGUGCAUAUAUUAUGACGACAUUUUGUGACAUUUUGGUCUUCGGCAAGGUUUGUUUCGGCUGUUCAUGCACACAAUUGUCUUUUCUUGAGGCAAGCUGAAGUUCGGUAACCGAAGUCUAUGCCCCUUCAUCUAUGAUUGGUUAAUGGUAGGGAUUCUUCAAUGAAGUGUUUGUUGUCAGUCAGCGAGAGACAACUCGUUUUCAUGCAAAAAAAAAAAACGAGAAAUACUACAACAAACAUCUUAGUUAGAUGUAAAAUUGCGCGACUAAGACCUCGGCAAAAACAGCAAAAAUAAUUACAGAUUUCUUUAGUUAUUUUAGAUUGAUUGAGAAAGUUUUGAGGAAGUGUAUACUGGCUACGGCGCCUCGAGGGACAAAGAGUACCAUUGCAGCUUCUUUCUCGUUUUUCAAGCGAAGGUCUUUUAAUGGAGUAUGCGCGUGACACGUUCACGUCGCCUAGCUGAGUUCGGCUAGGAGCAAACCAAACCUAGUAUGCAGAAGUUUUAAGUGUCCCGCUAGCCUUUUGUCAAUUAAAUUAUAUGAAUGACUGGAAGCCACCAGCCAGAAUAAAAACAAGGAUGAAUAUUGUAAUUGUUACAGUACCAGGCAGUGCCUUGCCUUCAGCAGACAUUUGCAGC